AUGUUUACUGGAGAGAUACCGCCUCCGAUUGGUAACAUUACGCUGUUAACUGUCCUUGACCUUUCCUCCAACAUUUUCCAAGGCUACAUUCCGCAGAGUCUCGGCAACUGCAAGCAACUAAUUUUGCUUUAUCUUUCGAACAAUAACCUAAUUGGCUCAGUUCCUAUCGAAAUCAUGGGUCUUUCUUCCUUAUCGAUCGUCCUUGAUUUAGCAAAUAAUAAUUUAAGUGGAUCUCUUCCAUUGCAAGUUGGAUCUUUAAAGAAUCUUGGCGAAUUAGAUCUAUCUUACAACAGAUUCACCGGCUUAAUUCCAGUGUCCAUCACCGAGUGCUUGGUGUUGGAACGACUUCACUUAGAAGCUAAUUCUUUUCAUGGUCAAAUCCCUGAAGCUUUACGUCCAUUACGGGGUCUACAAGAGCUGGACCUUUCCAAUAAUAAUUUUUCUGGUCCAAUCCCGAGCUUCCUCGCAGGGCUCUUCCUACUGAAGUACUUGAAUUUGUCCUUUAAUCAACUAGAAGGACAAGUUCCAGAGGGUGGAGUUUUUCUUAAUGCCAGUUCUGUAUCGAUUUAUGGAAAUACGGAACUCUGUGGAGGUGUUCCCAGUUUGAAGCUUCCUCUUUGCAAAUCAUCACGCUCUAAGAAGUCUUCUUCAACCACAGCGAAAGUAAUAUAUGUGGUAGCUGGCAGUUUGUUAUGUUUAGCUUUGCUGCUCCUAUGUUUGUCUAUCUUUUAUAGCAAAAAGAAGCAAACGACAACCAAUGCCUCCACUUCAUUAUCUUUCGGGAACCAAUUCUUGAGGAUUUCUUAUGAAGAACUCUUGAGAGCGACUAACAAAUUCUCCGAGACCAAUUUGAUUGGUAAAGGGAGAUAUGGCACGGUUUAUAAGGGGAUUCUUGAUGGAGGUGCCACGGUGGCGACGAAGGUGCUCAAUCUAAUGCAAAGAGGUGCUUCAAGGAGCUUUAUCUCCGAAUGUCAAACUCUAGGAACCAUUAGACACCGAAACCUCAUGAAGAUACUAAGUGUCUGUUCGAGCGUGGACUUUUGUGGCAAUGACUUCAAAGCUCUCAUAUAUGAGUUCAUGGCUAAUGAGAGCUUGGAGGAGUGGCUGCACCCUGGAACUAUAGGACGAGAUGAGGAGUGUGGCGAAUCGAGAAAUUUGAGACUAGUGCAAAGAUUAAACAUCGCCAUUGACAUAGCUACCGCAAUCGAGUAUCUCCACAAGGGUUGCUAUCCAGCCAUCAUCCAUGGAGAUCUGAAGCCGAGUAAUGUGCUUUUGGACAACGACAUGAUGGCUCGAGUUGGAGAUUUCGGGCUUGCAAAGAUCAUUUCAACGGUGUCUACCGAAGCCAUAGGAGUUCAAGACCAGGGUAGUUCAACUUCAAUUGCAGUAAGAGGAUCCAUCAGCUAUGUGCCUCCUGAGUAUGGCAUGGGACACAAGGUUUCCACACUUGGGGAUGCAUAUAGUUACGGCAUUCUAUUAUUGGAGAUGUUCACAGGAAAAAGACCCACUGAAGAGAACUUUGGGCACCAUCUUAACCUCCACAACUUUGUCCGAAUGGCUCUUCCGGAUCGAGCAAUGGACAUUGUAGACUUAAGGCUUUGGAAUGAAGCUGGUGAUCGACAACAAGAGAUGAAAAUCAGAGAUUGCAUUAUCUCUGUAUUCGAAGUUGGAGUCGCAUGUUCGAUGGAAUCACCACCGGAACGGAUGGGCAUGACUGAGGCAAUAAGGAAAUUACACUUGAUCAAGGCCGAGCAACAAAAGAAAUUGCUGGGCCGAACUACUGCUGGCUUGUGGGCUGAAUCGUGGACUUCAAAUGGGCUGAAGACAGACUGGAUGGGCUGCGGCUUUACUGGGCUUCACUUGAUUGAACUAAACGGCGAUGCUGGCAGUAGGGAAACGAAGCAGAAAAAGAGGAAGCAGGCUGGUGUCGUUGGCAGCUGCUUCAGCGGUGGUGGCGUGAGUCUUCGGUGGAAUUGUAGGCUUUGGUCUUCGAAGGAAUGGCAGCAGCUGUCUUCUUGGCAGCUUGAUAAGAAGACCCGGUGGAGGCAGCUCGGUGGGAUUUGCAAUUCGCGUGAGCUGAAAGAAAAUUGA